GGACUCCCUCCCCAAGAGCUCCCCAGGGGGCUCCCCCCCAAGCGCAAUGAGCCUCUUCGUCGGCAUUCUCGCAUCGUGUUUGUCGCAGCUUCAUGCAAUCAGCCCAGAUCCAGCACCAUGGCGGAGGGGAUCUGUCAGCAACGCCUUCAUCGCUGGUUCAUUCGGCCCAACGCGCCAUCGCUCCGCACCAAGACUGCUGCGUCGCUCGCGUCUUGGUGCCAGUGCUGUGGAUCAGCCUGCCGUCCUGGAUGGCCUCCUGGCAAGCCCGGCAGAUCUGCCAGUCGACGAAGCAACAAAGGCCAGCCGUGUGCCAAUCACGAUUCUGAGCGGCUUCCUGGGUGCGGGCAAGACGACGCUGCUCAAGGUACAAAGCAUUGAUGAGAAGAUCAUCACAACGCCAUCUGUGAUCUUUGCGGCUGUGUGUGUUUCCGUUCAGAACAUUCUGGAGAAUAAGGAGGGUCUGCGGAUUGGGGUGAUUGUCAACGACAUGGCGUCGGUCAACAUUGACGCCAAGCUGCUGCGGGAACAGACUGACGACGGCAGCUUGGAGGAGGGCAGCUCAGGGGACCCCUUACAGCAGUAUGCCGGGGACAUUAUGGAGCUGCAGAACGGGUGUGCCUGCUGCACGGCAACCGAUGAGUUCCGAGACGCCGUCAUCGCGGUCAGUUUGAGCACACGCACAGAAGCAUGUCAUGAUGUGUUUUGCGUGUGGGGGUCGACAGAUUCUGCGGCUCGGUACUCGUCGAGGCACCCAAUGGGACCACAUUGUCAUCGAGAUGUCGGGCAUCGCCGAGCCGAGGGUACGCAGUGCAGCGCAGCACGACUGACACGACACAGCAGGCACCGUGAGCUGAUUUGUGCUGCAUACAACCGUCUUUCGAUUUUCGUGUCUGUCAGGCUGUGCGCGAGCAGUUCCAGCUGAUGGAAGAGGCGGGGUCAAACAUCUUCGAAGAGGUCAGAGAUCUAUGUAUGCUACGAGCAACACAACACACACGUGUGUCACGCUUCGGGAUUGGAUGGAUGGAUGGAUGGAUUCAUUCAGACCGCCCUUGACACGAUGGUGACGGUGGUCGACUCGAGUGCGUUCCUCGAUGCGUAUGGCACGUCUGAGGAGAUACAGAGGGCACCCGCAUGGGCAUUCCAAGUAAGGACGCCAUCCGCAAUCCCUCCAGCAGGAUGCCAUUUUCAUUUUCAUUUUCUCUCCCUAUGUCAGGAUCCGAUGCGGUUUUUGGAGGCCUUGUCGAUGAGGCACAGGGGGAUCCAGCGGCCGGUCGUGGAUCUGCUGGUGGAGCAGAUCGAGGCCGCCGACAUCUGUGUCCUCAACAAAAUCGACACCAUCGAGGCACAGCAGCUGCCCGUGCUGAAAGCUGUCAUCCGGGCGCUCAACGAGCAGGCUCGGGUAAGGCCACACACACUUCGCACCGUGACGCCAUGUGUGUGUGCGUAUGUGGGUUGGAUCUCUUGUGUAUGUGUGUGCAGAUUGUGGAGACGGCGUAUGGUCGGCUGCCUCUGCGGUCCGUGUUGGGCUGCAUGGAGGGCAAAGGGCUGGCGCAGCUGACGGACAUCACACAACUCAAGGAGACCAUCCACAGGGCCAAAGAGCAAGACGAGCACCAUCACCACCACCACCAUGACGACCAUGACGACCAUUCCCACGCUCAUGACCAUUCCCACCAUCAUCACGACCAUGACCAUUCUCACGGCCAUGACCAUUCCCACUCCGACUGCACCGACCCCGACUGCACCGACCCAACACACGACCACAGCCAUGACACGAUGACCACAGCCGAGAAGCGCUUCGGCAUCAACAGCUUCGUCUACAGCCGCAGGAGGCCAUUCCACCCGGACCGCCUGGCCAAGGUGCUGGCCGCCAUGCCCGCAGCAGACAACCCACUUGCAGCCAGCUUUCGGCCAGACGGAGAGCUGGAAACAUCCGACGAUGGUGUGGCGUCGGUGCUGUCGCGUCUGUUCCGGUCCAAGGGCUUCCUCUGGCUGGCAUCGUCCGACGUCACGUGAGCAGCCCAAGAGCCGCAGACAUGCAGACGGUCAAUAUGAAUGUGUGUGUGUGUGUCUGUCUGUUUGGAUGCCUGCAGAUGUUGGGAGUGGUCACUCGCCGGCCGUCACCUGGACUUCGAAACUUUCGGUCGGUGGUGGGCCUCUGUGUCGGCCAAGGACUGGCCAGAGCAGUGGAAGGUAAUAAGGCGUGGACGGGCCGACAGACACGUGUGUGACGGUAUGUGUGGUGCCCACGCACACAGGGCAAGAUCCUGGAGGACUUUGACGGGGAGUUCGGCGACAGGCGGCAGGAGAUCGUAUUCAUCGGCCGGGAGGUCGCCCAAUCAGACAAUAGGCAACAGGUGCCCAGGCCGAUCAGCACCCACCUCACACACACACACUCACACACACACCUCCCCCCCCCCUGUGGGUUGCUGCAGCUGGAGUCGGCUUUAGACGACGCCCUGCUGAGCGAUGAGGAGCUCUCGGUCUACCGAUCCAACGCCAAGGACGACGCUGAGCUGAUGAAGGCCUUCCCCGUGGAGCCGCUGCAGCAGCUGUUAUCGGGGCAGAACAGGCCACCCACCGAGCAGCCAGUGGGACAGGCUCCGUCAGCGCGAUUCACCGCUGGGUAGAAUGAAGGUGGGAGGCAGGUGCUUUGGAUGGAUGGAUGGAGGUGAGGGAUGCGUUGAUUCUGACGCCUUUAGAGUUUUUCUGCUGAGAGAGGGCUAUGGAAUUUCUAUGGUACAGUGGUGCUGGCCGACAGACCGACAGUGGGUGCCGUGUUCGGCAGCCAUGACGGACGUGAGUGUGUGUGUGUGUGUGUGCGUGUGUGUCGUCCGCACUUUUCUAGUGGUGCCUUGGUUUCGUUCGGGGCUGCAUGAGCUGCGAGGGGGCGCUCGCACAUCGAGGCACUGACUGACGUGUGUGUGUGAGGGGGCGCUCGCACAUGUGAAGCGUAUAGCUGUCAGUAAAGAUCUUUGGCGAACCAGGCUCGGAACUGGAAAGACCCACUUCCCUUUAUCUUUGAC